UUUUGUGAAAGAAACAUGAGUUUUGCAACGCGAAUUUUUAAUCCAUUUCUAUUUUAUGUUGUAAUAGCGUAUGACGAACAAUUUAUCAAAUUAACUGCUCGUAUAGGCUUACAGUGACCAUGGAGGAACAGAAUAACGAGGUUGAUUACAGUUCCGUAGUGGAAAUUUUACUGAGUAUGUUUGGUGAAGUUUUAUGUAAAGAUGCUAUUGUUUCUAUUGCGGAGAGCUGUGGUGGAGAUCUUCAAGAAGCAGCUAAUAUCAUUAUGAACAUUACAACUGAUGAUGGUACGCCAAACCAAAAUCAAGAUCUGUCAAGAGAACCAGAACCAAACGAAUUAACAAAUACUAUGAGUGACACAAAUUCACAUAAUAUACAAGCAGAAGAAACUACAUCAUUACAGCCAGGAACCAUGGUGUAUAGCCAAGCUAUUUUAAGAGCUUCGUCAUCUGGGGCUAUACCCAAACAAAUACCAAAGAAACCUCCUGAAGUUAAACGACAAUCAAAAGAAAUGGAGCAAAUUUUAAAACUACAUGAGAAUGGUAUAAGAACUCUGAUAAUAUUGAGAGGAGCUGCUGGAAGCGGCAAAACUCAUUUGGCAAGAAACAUUGUUGAUAAAAUUUACGGCUGCCUUGUUCCAGGCUAUUGGAGCCUACAUAUAUUUAGCACUGAUGAUUACUUUAUGAGAGGUGGCAGAUAUAACUUUAACCGUGUUUACCUUCCUGAAGCACAUCGCUGGAAUCAGGAACGAGCAUAUGCAGCAAUGAGCAAAGGAAUCAGCCCUAUCAUCAUUGACAACACAAAUAUGGAGAUUUGGGAAAUGCAACCAUAUGUAAAAGUAGGUGUUCAUAAUAGUUAUGUUCUAGUUAUGCUAGAACCUAACACACCAUGGGCUAAGAAAGUUGGUCAGCUAGUAAAAAGAAAUGUCCAUAAUGUACCCACACAUUCAAUAAUAAAUAUGUUGGAUAGAUAUGAACCUGCAACAUGUGAAAGCUUACUUGCCUCUCUGGGAUUUAGUCAUUCCAUCAAUAGUAUAUCUAAUGUCAAAAGAACUUAUCCUGAAUUCAUACCAAGGCCAGUUGAGCUCUCAGAAUCACAGACAAAUAAUACUGGGAUACUAGAGCCACAAAGCAGUGGUGCUCUAGAACAACAAGAAAACAACAGUAAUAUAGAAAGGCAAAUGCAGAAUUUGAAGUUUAGUGAAAAAUUGGCUUUAAAUGUACAGAAAAAUGAAGCCUAUAUGAACAAUUCAGCAGCUGGAAUAACUGCCCCAGAAGUAUCUACAAGCAUAGAAACUAAUUUAGAAAAUAUGAAUGUUUACAAAGAAGUAGAAAAACAUUUGGAAGAAGUAGCUAAAAUUGAAUGUGAAUGGGAUAAUGGAGAAAAUUGGGAUGAUAAUUCCGCUUCAAAAGAAAAUAUGAGAGAGACUAAACAAAAAUUAAUAGAAGAAUCAAAACAUCUCCCACAAAGGAAAUUAAGACCAGAAAAAAAACUACAAAGUGAAAAACUGCUGCCACCAAUGGAAAAUGUUCAAGAUUGGACUAUGUUUAUGCCGAUGUGGGAUAAAAAUAGUACUUCACAUGCAGAACAGUCUUUAGCACCACUAAUUGAAAUGUCAACAUCUGGUACUAGUAUGGAAAUUGGUGAUACAGUUUUGUCUGACUUAAAAAACCCAUUCAAAGUUAUCACGGCUACACCAAGAGAUAUAAAUGAGUUCUUUGUUAAUGAGAGGAGCUUCAAAAUUCCUGAUAAAUGGAUGUUAGAUAAGAGUACUUCAACCAUAAAUGAAGUGAUGCAUACUCCUCGUUGCAAAAACGAAGAUAAACAUUUUAACGAGUUUAGAAAACUUUUUAAAUAUAUUCCCAGGUCUGCAUUAAAAGAUGUAUUUGACAAAUGUCAUGGAGAUGUAAAUUGGGCAGUAGAUAUUGUCCUCAGUGAUAUGAGUGAAAAGCAAUCAGACAUACAAGAUGACGAACUACUGGAGUCUGAUAAUGAUGAUGAGAAUUGUGAAAACAUUGAAUGUGAUUGUGUAGCUGUGUACAAUGUGAUACCAGAUCACAAUACAGCAGAAGAAAUAAAACCAGAGUCGCCUGUAGCACCUGAAGCAAAAAUGUCAUCUCCUUUACCAGUAAAGAGAAAAAUUAAAAAAGACAACAAUCAUUCUGAUGCUUUUGCUCAAAUAAAGCAAAAAAUAGAGCAAAACAUAGUCAUAUCUGAUGAUCAUUACUCAGAGCAUAGCUUAAAAAUCAGAAAAUAUCUUCGCGGUGAAAAGGAUGUUUCAGAAGAAGUGGUUAAAACUUGUGAAGAUGAAACUGAAGCCGAUACCAAUAAAGAAAACUUGCCCAGCACAUCUAACGUACCAGCUGACGGUAUAAAUGAUCAAGCUAUACAUAGCACAUCAAAUAAUACUGAUGAAAGUGAUGAUGAAACUAUAUCAACUGUUGAUGAAGUUGAGAAAACAAUAAGUAUUGAUGUAACUAAAGAUUUGAUGUCACAGCUCGAUGAACAUUUUGGAUGGAAAGAAAUGGUGUACAGUAGUAAUAUAUCUACGAAAAUUAAUGUACCAAUUUCCAUAUUAAACGAACUUAAUGCUAUAUGGAUUGAGUCUCUGUUGUUUCAGAUAGAGGAAAAUAGUAAACAGUUAGAGAUAAUGGUAAAGCAAGACGAAGAAUUCGCAAGACAAAUGGUUCAAAAGGAAGCAGAACUGCUUAGGACUGUCGAUGAGCCCGGUAUACCGGAUUUCAAAGAAAUCAUGGAUAUGGAUUAUGCACUUUCCUUGUAUCAUAAGGAUGUUGCGCAAUGGCGUAAUAACGAACCCAGCGACCUUGCGGCUAAACUGUCUAGGGAUAAACUUAAAAAACUAUUUCCCGAUCUCUCAGAAGAUUCAUUAUCAGAAAUCUUAAUGGCGCACGACAACAACUUUAAAAUAACUGUAGAGGCCCUGUUGUUAUCUACAGGAAAAUCAGACAUAAUGCUCGCACAUAAUGGUGUAUCGAAAUUCAUAAUGGACAACGAAAAUGAACAAAGGGAAAAACUUCUAAACAAAGAAGAAACGACUUUAUCGGAGACUGAGUGGCCUCCAUUGCCAGAAAAUGAAGAAAUUAAUAUGGAUCUUGUCAGGAAAUACCGCGAAGAGGCUGAAAAACAUCUCAAAUUCAGAAAUAUGUCGCACCAGAAGGCUCAGGAGUUGAUGCGGCGGGGUUUGACCCCAGCUGCGACGUUUUACAGCGAAAUAGCCGCGUACCAUAAGAUGAAAUACGAGCAGUCCAACAGCUACGCUGCGGCUUCUCUCAUACAUCUUCACGCAAACAGUGGUAAUGAAGGUGACACUGUAGAUCUUCACUUCUUGCAUGUGAACGAAGCUAAGGAAUCUUUGGAUCUAUUUCUUGAUGAGCACAUCCAAAUUCUGCGAAACAAAAACGGUCCAAGAUACCAGAAGUUGUUCUUUAUAACUGGUCGUGGAUUGCACAGCAAUGGCAGGCCUAAGAUCAAGCCGGCUGUGAAGAAGCGGUUGCGAGAACGUGGCUUACGUUACAGCGAGACGAACCCCGGUCUAAUUUCGGCCAAGGUAAGCGCUACGAGUGUGCUCGCCAAUGAGUUGGGUUGAUUCGGUCACGGCCCGCUCCCGGGCCACGGUCAGCCAGUAGGCGAUGACGUAUCUAUGGAUGAUGAAAGCGUAUCUACGGGUUAUGGCAACCUUGAGGGCGAUCACUAUCAACUUUUUGGUGACGAGCGCCAGCCCUGGGUCGACGGGUACCAGUGGAUCGGGGUGGGAUAUCGACCUGUUGGUUACCACCUGGUCCCCGCCGGAUAUCCUACUGGUGAACCAAAUUAUGAACCUAGUUCUUUUCAUGAUAUACCUCAAUCUCCGCUUCAACAUCACUUCGCACCGCAGCCGUACACUGAGAGCUAUCUUGGUACAACUCAUGCACAUUUCGUUAGUAAUAUUAUACCAAUAUUGGUACCUGCAGCUGACUCUACGUUCACAAGGUAUGGUGUGAUGAUUCGAGUCGAACGCUUGAACGUAUACGGUCGGGAGUCGGUCGCCGGUACUGUUGUAUAUACGGUCCCGGCCUCUUACACAUACAUAUUACCGGAUAAGCGUUUGCAGCAAAAUAGGUUUGGAAGGCAGCGGUUUCGUAAUUAAAGCAUAUUUUGCGGCGUGCGUGCACGCUUUACGUAUAUGCUUAAUAUACGUGUACGUUUUAUGGGUCGCAUAUAUCGUGUACGCUCGCGGGUACGUAUACGCCUAAGAAUACGUAUACGUUUCGCAGUUGGUACUGCACGUAUACGCUCAAAGGUACGUGUACGCUCGAGAAUACGUAUACGCUUAGUGCGUAUACGUUUUAUGUUUCGCUCGAGGGUUCGUAUGCGUUACAAAAUACGUAUACGUUUCAAAGUGCGUACGCUAAGGGUAACUUAGUAAAUACGCUGUUAUUAUUAUAUGUACAUAAUAUUAUGUGUAAUUCGAAAUGUGCUGUAGUAGAAACAAUCAGUCUGUUAAAUGUUAUAUAACAUGAAUAACUGCUGGCCGAUUUGGCCCGAUAAUAAUGUUCUAGGUAGUAUAUAAUAUUGUGUCCUAUAAAAAUAAAAUAUUUUGGGUUUCAACAUACGGGUUAAAUCAUCGUCCAAAUAACUGACCCAAGUAUUAACAAAAAUACAAUCGUCACGUUAAAUUUAAUGUAACUUUUGGUAUAUGGAGCUCCAUACCAAAUUUUACAUUAAGAUUAACACUGAUUGUAAUUUUUCAUUUCGUAAAGUCGUAAAAAAAUGAUAAAAUACGCCUUUUUUAGAAUAAAAUCAAAAUCGCCAUUGUAAAACUUGAUGACAUUUACCAAGCUGGUAUUUUUUUGUUGCACGCUAAAACUAAGGAUAAGUUAGUUUUAAAAUGGAGAAUAUAUUGUUAUACGAAUCUAUGAAUGUAUUUAGGAUUAAUAAAAACGAUCUCGUUUUAAAUUUAUUUUACAGUGUUGUUCUAGUUUAUAUAAUUAUUAUCAGUCAAUCGUCGUCUAUGUUACUAUAGUAAAUACUCUGCUUUUGUGAUGACGUUUUGGCUGCCAUGGGCUGAUUAUGAUGUUAAAAACAGUCUUUAGAUUUAAGAAAAACAUGAUAAUAUUCGGAAUCUAGGGACAGCAGGGUAAAAGUGACAGGGAAUGUAUCUUCAUAAUGAAGUUAAUUUACCUGAAAACUUUUAUUCAAUAUGUUAUACCUACUAUGAUAUAGAAAGAGAUAUAAGCAGGUAUCAAUGUCAACUUUUUGGUUAAGGUCACCUAUUGGACUUUUAUUUUUGAGAAAAAUAACUUUAUUAAAUGUUAGUAUUGAAUCGAAAACACGAAAUUAUUUGUUUAAUAAAAUAUCUAUUUAGAUAAUAUUUUGUAAAUAAUCUAACGAACUCGAGAGAAAACGUGCAUUUUUUCAAAUUUUUUAUCAUGGCAACUUUUUACUCGU